AUGACAGAAUACUCGCAACCUCCACGUUCGUCAACUGCUAGGAGUAAUAUCGCAAGGGAAUUUACCGCACCGGUUGGGGAUGGGGCUCAGACCAGACGCUCGCUGGAGCAGACCGUGCCGUGGAAAUAUGUCGGUUACCGCGGGUACUCGAGAUUUAUUUCCUCUGAUGAUGGUUUCUUUAUCCUUCGUCGUUUCUCAGUGCUGAAUGUUCGGGUUUCUUUGGCCCUUCAAAACCAGCUAGUGAUGCUUGAGCGACAGCUGAACGAACUAGACAAUAAAUAUGAAGGUGAAGCCCAAAUUCACAACGGACGAUUUGAGGGAGAUGAGAAAGAUCGUGAAGAGCUCAUAUCUUGUAUUGCGGAGAAACUAGGGAAGUAUAAUGAACUUGUCCUACAGCAAUCCGCUCUACGAAGUUAUAAACCAGCUCCAUCACAAAAUAUCAAGAAUAUUUUCCGUUGGCAUGCUAAUCAUGGCAAUCGUGCCAUUUGCGAAAAUGAGCAGCAAUAUUUGCACUAUGGUGCUAUGCAUGGGCAUCCAAAUGGCUAUGAGAAUGCUUGCCCUGAGACAGAGGCCACCCGGAAGACGCGAACUGAAGACGACCUCAUAUGUGUGGUUCAAAAAGAAAAGCCGCCACUACGCCGCGUUAUUGACAGGUCGCGUAUUUUUCGAUCGAUGAGCCUUUGGGAAAAGAAACGAGAGAAUGUGUCUGCACAUGAUAUGAAAAAUGUCCUCUACGUCUCCGAACAGCGAUUGGAUCUCUUUGUUUCUCUUAUCACCACGAUGAUUGGUCUUGCUAUGCUCGUGACACCCCUCUGGAUCCUUCAGUCAACAACAAAUCUCCAAUCGAAGCUCAUAGUCAUUACUGUCUUUAUCGUCGUGUUUCUGCUUGUCCUAUCUUUUGGAAUGGUAGCGAGACCUUUUGAAGCAUUGGGAGCGACGGCAGCGUAUGCUGCUAUCCUUAUGGUGUUUAUGUAA